GUCCAUUUUUAGACAGACAGCGCAGCUAAGCCUACUGGAUACGGGAAAGUGGCUGAGUUGGAGAGUAGACAUUUAUAUAAUAGACAACGCCGCUUGUAUAUAAUUACAUUGCAUCGAGAAGCACAUCGUGAUAUCUUUCGCUAUUCUAUAUCAUCUUUCGCUAUUUUAUAUCAUCUAUCGACUUUCAACUUUCAACUUUCUACAUUCGCUUAACAAGAACCAAAAUACAUCCUUUUAAUACUUAAUAUUCAGCUAUUCAAUAUGCAGAUCAACGCUAUCCUCGCAACCCUCUUCGCGGCUACCGCCUCAGGCGCCGCUAUCAAGUCGAGAUAUGCAUCUGGGUUCACCGUAUCCAACUUCACGGCUUCUUGCAUUCCUCACAGCGUCAUGUGCACUUACGAAUUCUUUGCUAUUACUGAUCCGGCGUCGGCAUCGCCCUCCGGUAAUCCAGAACCGGCAAAGUGUAGUCUCAUGCUCCAGGGUCCUGACUACCUGCCGGCUGUUGGCUGGACAGGGUGCGCAGAGAAGGGAGCGUACUCGUGGGCCGUUGACAAGGUUGAGGACGGCCUAAAGCUCAGCGUCACAACGCCCCAGGACUCCCACGCUAACUACACCGGCGUGUACGAAAUAACUUCAGACCAGCUCGUCACUGAGCAGAACGGCGCUUCUAUCUCUCAGAGGUAUACAGGCCCGUCCGGGUUUCCCAUGUCUUUUGGAGCGUAAGCGCAGGGGGUGUGCUUUAUACUAGCCUGUCUACCUAUAUGAAGUUAGGGGGCGAGAAAGCGAAUUUCUGGUGAUUGAUUAGAGGAGCGGUAGUAUAGAAGACGGUAGCGAUACCUUGAAGAGAUGAAAAUUGGCAUGUUUAAAGGGGAGAUUGCUAGAAAUAUUCGUGAGGGGGGGUAGAAGUUAUAAUUGUGCGGGACGUAUAUAAGAAGUAACAUACGCACUUGACUUUAUCAAUGCAAUGAUACCCAAUUCGCUAUUAUCUAGGAACCCAAGUCAUUUUAUUGUUUGAUGUAUUAGGAGUCGCUUGAGGCUUAAAGCCUUAGUUGAGAAAAGUAAUUUAUAUUGCUUGAGAGUACCUUCAAAGUCCAUUUUUUGGAAGGGCAGUUAGUGCAUAGUCGCGACUUUAAUAUUCUAAGGCUAAGUUCCUUGUUAGUUAAAUGACAAGUAUAAUAACACUUCUUUAUAUUCUGUA